ACUUUGAGUUCCAUAUAUAUAACCGCUGUUUUCUCCAAAGUUACAAAACCCUAAAAAACCCUACACUCAAUAUGAACAGUUUUGAGCCACAAAGCCAAGACUCUUUGCAAAGAAGGUUUCAUCAAGGGAACACCUCCACCACACAACAACCUCGUGACACCACGACACCUUUCAUGCCCAAAUCUAUUUCGAAAGACCAUAAUAAUAGCAACUCCAGUUCCAGAGCGGCCGGGAGAUCAUUCCAAGGUUUUGGUCUUAACGUUGAGGACGAUCUAGUUUCAUCAGUGGUUCCUCCGGUUACGGUUGUUCUAGAGGGACGUUCGAUUUGCCAACGCGUAAGCCUAGACAAGCAUGGGAGUUAUCAGAGCUUGGCUUUGGCUCUGAGGCAGAUGUUUGUCGAUGGGGCUGAUUCUGCAGACGAUCUUGAUCUGUCUAAUGCGAUUCCUGGCCAUCUUAUUGCUUAUGAAGAUAUGGAGAAUGAUCUACUCCUCGCAGGCGAUCUUACUUGGAAGGACUUUGUUCGUGUAGCGAAGAGAAUUCGAAUCUUACCGGUGAAAGGAAACACAAGCAAAGUGAAAAGAAACGAGUGAGGAGAAAAGACCGUUUUG